GCCGUUUCCCCAUCUGGUUACAUUUUCUAGUAAUAAAUAAAGGACAAAAUAUGUGGGAACCGCCACGAUUGAGUGCAUCCUUGCGCACCAAGACAGAGCUGGAGGCCCGCAGCCGACGCUUCAGCAUCUUGCGGCAGGCCCGAACUACCUCCGCCGCGUCCACGACGACAAAAAGUCAGGACAAGGAGGUGCAGACCAUUGCCAGGCUGCUGGCCCAGAUGCCAGCCGGUAAGCAGCCCGCCGCCAAGGUUCAGCUGCAGAAGCUGCGCAACCUGGUGCAGGAGUGCAUGGGCUACGAGGAGCAGCCACAGGUGGUGGAGCACGCCGCUCUCUAUCUCUUCUGGCUGCUCCUCGAGCAGCGUGUGCUUCUGGUGGCCACCACCCAACGGUUGCACGGCAUGUUCGGUCAGACCUUCGACCGCAAAAAGACCCAGAUUCAUGACUGUGUUCUGGCCAUUGGUGAUCUAUUGGAGGAGCACGAGCGGACCGCACUCAAGCGAUGGCAGCAGGCACAGCGCAAAGCGCCCGGAGUUGGUCCCCUGUGGGGUGCCCACAUCCACGUUAAAUGCACGCCCUCUGAGUGGAUGGACAUCAGCCUGCUGACGGAUCUGGCACCGGAUGCCCUCCUCAAGAACCGCACCGUCAACAAGUUCUCCAUGAAAUACAAAUCCAAGACUGCUCCGACGGAGUCCAAAAGCGCGGAAGCCACCAAACUUAGUCCGGAACUGCGGAUCCUGCUGGGCAUCUCCGAGAAGUUGGACGACGAGCACCUGUUGAAUCGAGUUGGCGACAUUCUUGGUUCCAAGCGCAGUAGCGAGGAGUUACAGAACGAACUAAUGGAACUCCUGGGAUUCGAUCACUUCGAACUGGUGGGAAAUUUGCUCCAAGAGCGAGAAAUAAUCGCCAGGCAACUGGAUCAGUAUGCAACCCGAUCCCGGCGUGUCAAAGAGGUGAAACAGAAGCGCAUCCAGACGGCGGCUAAUGGAGGUGCCUCGGAGAGGCGGCCGACUGUCGCCAGCGCCGUUGUAGUGCAAUCGGCCCAGGAGAAACAGCUGGGCAAGAUGCAACGAAGGGAAGAGAAGAAGUUACAGCGAAUAAUGCGUAGCAUCAAGGACGAAGAGCCGGAAGACGACCCCAACUGUGCAGUGGCCGUGUCCGUCCAGCAAUUACGAAUGCAGCACCAACGAAGGCUCCUCGAAGCCGCCCAGCGGGAACCACUGCUGCUCAGCACAAAGGCCGCCAAAGCAGAGUACAAACAGUCCUCGUACACCCAGCCCAUACACUACCCCUAUGUGUUCGACAGCCAGCUGUUGGCGAAACAGCACGCCGGAUUUAUUGGCGGAAGCCGGAUAACGCUUCCGGACAAUGCACAGCGUGUGGACAACAAACAGUGGGAAGAGGUCAAGAUCCCAGCGAGCGAGCCACCUCCACUAUCUGUCGGCAACAAACGCAUCAAAAUUGACGAACUGGAUGAUGUGGGAAGACUCGCCUUUGCCAACUGCAAGGAGCUGAAUCGCAUCCAGUCCGUUGUAUAUCCUGUGGCCUAUCACAGCAACGAGAAUAUGUUGGUGUGUGCGCCCACGGGAGCCGGAAAGACCAAUGUGGCUAUGUUGUCCAUUGUACACACGAUUCGUUGCCAUCUGGAGCAGGGAGUCAUUAACCGGGACGAGUUCAAGAUCGUUUACAUAGCUCCAAUGAAGGCUUUAGCUUCCGAGAUGGUGGAGAACUUUUCCAAGCGUCUGAAAUCCCUGCAGAUCGUUGUAAGAGAGUUAACGGGUGACAUGCAACUGACGAAGGCGGAGAUGGCAGCUACUCAGAUUCUUGUCACAACACCGGAGAAGUGGGAUGUGGUUACCAGGAAGGGCAGUGGCGAUGUGGCUUUGAUAAGCCUGGUCAAGCUGCUCAUCAUUGAUGAAGUGCACCUUUUGCACGGCGAGCGAGGUCCAGUAGUGGAGGCUCUGGUGGCUCGCACUCUUCGGCUUGUCGAGUCCUCACAGUCGAUGAUCCGCAUUGUGGGACUGUCUGCCACCCUGCCAAAUUACAUAGAUGUGGCCCACUUCCUGCGAGUGAAUCCUAUGAAGGGUCUCUUCUACUUUGAUUCACGAUUCCGUCCAGUUCCACUGGACACCAAUUUCGUUGGCAUCAAGUCGGUGAAGCCCCUGCAACAGAUUGCAGAUAUGGACCAGUGCUGCUAUCAGAAGUGCGUUGAGAUGGUGCAGCAGGGCCACCAGAUUAUGGUCUUCGUCCACGCCCGUAAUGCCACUGUGAGAACGGCUAAUGUGAUCCGCGAACUGGCUCAGCAAAACAAUACCAGUGCCUUGUUCCUGCCCAAUGACUCCAAUGCCCAUGGACUGGCCAUGCGUUCGAUACAGAAGAGCCGGAACAAGCAGUUAGUGGACCUUUUCUCCUGCGGCUUGGCUAUGCACCAUGCCGGAAUGCUGCGCGCCGAUCGUCAGAUGGUUGAGAAGUACUUCGUCGAUGGCCACAUCUCGGUGCUGGUCUGCACGGCCACUCUGGCUUGGGGUGUCAAUCUGCCGGCACAUGCUGUUAUCAUCCGAGGAACGGACAUAUACGAUGCCAAGCAUGGUAGCUUUGUAGACUUGGGCAUACUUGAUGUGCUGCAGAUCUUUGGACGCGCAGGUCGCCCUCAGUUCGACAAGAGUGGAGUGGGUACCAUCAUAACCAGUUACGAUAAGCUGAAUCAUUAUUUGUCGUUGCUGACUAAUCAAUUCCCAAUCGAAUCAAACUUUGUAAAUUGCUUGGCUGACAAUCUCAAUGCGGAAAUUGGUUUGGGCACGAUAACCAAUGUGGAGGAAGCUAUCGAGUGGCUUAGUUACACUUACCUCUUUGUGCGAAUGCGAAUAAAUCCCCAUGUCUACGGCAUCGAGUACUCGGAGCUGCAGAAGGAUCCUACGCUGGAGGCACGUCGUCGAGCUCUCAUCAUGUCCGCAUCGAUGAGUCUGGACAAAGCUCGCAUGAUGCGAUUUAACCAGCGUACGAUGGACAUGAAUAUUACAGAUCUUGGACGCACUGCCUCGCAUUUCUACAUUAAAUACGACACUGUCGAGACCUUCAACGAGCUGAUGAAGCCUUUUAUGAACGAGGCAGAGAUUUUGGGCAUGAUUUCCCAGGCGCAGGAGUUCCAGCAACUAAAGGUGCGCGAGGAUGAAAUGGAGGAACUUGAUGAGCUAAGAAGCUACUAUUGUAAAAUAAAGCCUUAUGGAGGGAGUGAGAAUAUCCACGGCAAGGUCAACAUUCUCAUUCAGACAUAUCUGUCCAAUGGGUAUGUCAAGUCCUUCUCUUUGAGCUCCGACAUGUCCUACAUUACCACAAAUAUAGGAAGAAUAACCAGAGCCCUCUUCUCCAUUGUUCUGCGGCAAAAUAACGCUGUCCUGGCAGGACGCAUGCUGCAACUUUGUAAGAUGUUUGAAAGACGGCAAUGGGAUUUGGAUAGCCACCUAAGACAGUUCCCUGCUAUCAAUGCGGAAACAAUCGAUAAGCUGGAGCGACGCGGUUUAAGUGUCUUCCGGCUAAGGGACAUGGAACAGCGGGAGCUUAAGGAAUGGCUACGCAGUGACCGAUAUGCCGAGCUGGUAAUCCGCUCUGCACAGGAGCUACCCAUGUUGGAAGUGGAAGCCAGUCUGCAGCCUAUUACAAGAACAGUGCUGCGGAUUAAAGUGGAUAUCUGGCCUAGUUUCACUUGGAAUGAUCGAGUUCAUGGGAAGACAAGUCAAAGCUUCUGGCUGUGGAUUGAAGAUCCCGAGUCCAACUAUAUCUACCACUCGGAACUAUUCCAGGUUACCCGGAAGGUAGUGAUGAGCGGUCAGUCGCAGCAGCUGGUAAUGACCAUUCCGCUAAAAGAGCCACUGCCACCGCAAUACUACAUAAGAGUGAGCAGCGACAGCUGGCUUGGCAGUACUACAUGCAUUCCAUUAUCGUUCCAACAUCUGGUGCUACCGGAGCACCACCCACCACUGACGGAGCUUUUGCCUCUCCGUCCACUGCCAGUCAGCUGCCUCAAGAACGUCCUUUACGAAUCCCUCUACAAAUUCACGCACUUCAAUCCCAUCCAGACGCAGAUCUUCCAUUGCCUGUACCACACAGACAAUAAUGUGCUCUUAGGAGCUCCUACUGGCAGUGGCAAGACUAUCGUGGCGGAAAUAGCAAUCUUCAGGGCACUUAACCAGAACCCAAAGUGCAAAGUGGUCUACAUUGCUCCUCUAAAGGCUUUGGUGAAGGAGCGCAUAUCGGAUUGGGAACAACGUUUCCAGCGAUCCUCGCUUGGUCUCAAGGUGGUGGAGCUAACGGGCGACGUCACUCCAGACAUCCAGGCCAUUCGCGAAUCGCAGCUAAUUGUUACCACACCGGAGAAGUGGGACGGUAUCAGUCGAUCCUGGCAGACGCGUGAAUAUGUGCAGCAUGUAUCCCUGAUCGUCAUCGAUGAGAUCCACCUUCUGGGCGAGGACCGAGGACCAGUCAUUGAGGUCAUUGUUUCGCGAACGAACUUCAUCAGCUCUCAUACGGGCCGGGCUAUUCGAAUCGUUGGAUUGUCCACAGCCUUGGCCAACGCUCAGGAUCUAGCCAACUGGCUGGGAAUCACAAAGAUGGGGCUGUACAACUUCAAGCCCUCGGUACGUCCGGUGCCUCUGCAAGUUCACAUCAACGGAUUCCCGGGAAAACACUACUGCCCCCGAAUGGCCACCAUGAACAGACCUACGUUCCAGGCCAUUCGUACCUACUCCCCAUGCGAACCCACAAUUGUCUUUGUGUCCUCCCGUCGUCAGACGCGUCUGACGGCUCUGGACUUGAUUACCUUCGUGGCCGGCGACUCCAAUCCGAAGCAGUUCCUGCACAUUGCUGAGAAUGAAAUGGAGCUGAUCCUGCAGAAUAUUCGUGACCAGAACCUUAAAUUCUGCCUAGCCUUCGGCAUUGGUCUACAUCACGCCGGUCUGCAGGAGCAGGACCGAAAGUGUGUGGAGGAGCUGUUUCUCAAUCGGAAAAUUCAAGUGCUGGUGGCCACCGCCACCUUGGCUUGGGGCGUUAACUUACCCGCCCAUCUGGUUGUGAUUAAGGGCACUGAGUACUUUGAUGGCAAGGUGAAGAAGUACGUGGACAUGCCCAUUACGGAUGUGCUUCAAAUGAUGGGCCGAGCUGGACGGCCACAGUUCGACAACGAAGGUGUGGCCGUCGUCCUGGUACACGACGAGAAGAAGAACUUCUACAAGAAGUUCCUGUACGAUCCAUUCCCUGUCGAAUCAAGUCUGCUUGGUGUGCUGCCGGAACACAUUAAUGCCGAAAUCGUGGCUGGAACUGUGCAGUCAAAACAGGCGGCUCUGGACUACCUCACGUGGACUUACUUCUUCCGGCGGCUGCUGCGUAAUCCCUCGUACUAUCAGCUGCAGGGCGUGGAGCCGGAGAAUGUUAACGCUUUCAUGUCCAACUUGGUGGAGCGCGUGGUCUAUGAACUUUCCGCCGCUGCCUGUCUGGUGGAGCGUGAUGGAUGUUUGGUGCCAACCUUCUUAGGGCGAAUCAGUUCCUAUUACUACCUAUCUUAUCGCACAAUGAAGCACUUCCUGGAGGAUCUACAGCCAGGAAUGGGCACCAAGGAAGUUCUCCUCGCCAUAGCAGAUUCCUAUGAAUUCGAUCAGCAACCCGUCCGGCACAACGAGGACAAGUACAACGAACAACUGGCUGACAGAACUCGCUUUAGGCCUCCAUCCUCCUCCUGGGACUCGCCAUAUACAAAGACGUUCCUGUUACUCCAGGCCCACUUCUCUCGCUUGUCACUUCCAAACUCGGAUUACCUAACGGACACUAAGUCGGCGCUGGACAACGCGACUCGAGUGAUGCAAGCAAUGGUGGACUAUACGGCGGAAAGGGGUUGGCUCUCAACCACUUUGGUGGUGCAGCAAUUGAUGCAGUGCAUCAUUCAAGCGCGCUGGUUCGACGGUAGUGAGUUCCUCACAUUGCCAGGAGUGGACGAGGACAAUCUGGAUGCCUUUUUGAACAUACAGCACGACGAUCACGACUAUUUGACGCUACCCGCGCUGAAAGAGCUGUGCAGGAAGGAGUAUGAAGUGUUGGCCAAGCCUCUGCGAGAUGCCUUUGAGGAGCAUGAAAUCGAGCAGAUGUACAAGGUAAUCCAAGACUUGCCCGAGAUAGCAUUGCAAACAUCCGUGGAGGGUCGCUAUAUGGAAGACGAGUACGCCAAGAGACCCCUAUCACUUUCAGGAGAUCCUAAGGGUGAAUGGAUGCCUUUGCAUGCCAAUGAAGACUACGUCCUUACUGUUAACCUUCAGCGUCUCAAUAUCAGUGGACAGCGAAGAGGAGGAGGACAAGGCUAUACGGUGCACUGCCCUAAAUAUCCCAAGCCCAAGAACGAAGCCUGGUUCCUGACUCUAGGUUCCCAGGCCAGUGACGAGCUGCUGGCCAUGAAGAGGGUAACCAUUCGCGGCCAGCGCUGUUCCAAUCGCAUUUCGUUCCAGGCAACUCCCCGACGUGGACGUCUGCAGCUUACGUUAUAUUUAAUGUCCGACUGCCUGAUGGGUUUCGACCAGCAGUACGACCUGCGCUUCGAUAUCAUCGAUGCGAAAGAGGUCUAAGUAGACCAGUUAGAAACUAAGUCUAAGAUGAAUAUCGUAGCAUUCUGUAGAUCUGAGGCUUAACCUUUAGUAAAUGGAGUUCAUAUGUAUUCCUUAUGAACGAUUUCCACAACCACUGUUAGCAUACCUAAGGUUUGUAGUCAAACUGAAAUCGCGUAUUUAUUGUGUGAUCCCCCAGAACAUGUUUAACAUUUUUAUCAUUAGUAACCUGCUUCGAGACGAAGCUCCUUUGUUAACCGACCACGUAGAGCUUAAAGUACUUUCUAUGAAUUUAUGAAGUAACGAUUUUUAUUAUCUGAAGUUAAUAAAAUUGUAUUUAAGGCAAAGAGAAA